AUGAUUGCUGCAAACUCGACAUUGCUUGAAAAGUCGGCCGACUUGGUUGGAACGGUCCUGGAGAACAGCUCGAUGGACCCAACAAGCACACUAAUGAGCGUGUUGGCCACCCAAUCAGCACCACUUCAAUGCUUCUCGUGCCAUCCAAAGCUCUAUUUUAUUGUUUUCGGACUCGUCUUCAUGAUCAUCAUCUGUUCCGGCGUCAUUGGAAAUGUCUUCAUCAUCUUUGUGAUUCUAAUGGACCGCAAAUUGAUGAGCUCUUCGGUUAACCAGUUCCUUCUGAACCUGGCCAUUGCGGACCUCGGCAAUCUGCUAUUCUGUUCACCGGAUGCCAUACUCGUGCUCAUCGACCGUGGCUGGCUUCUUCCCAACUUUGCCUGUCACUUACUCCGAUUCCUUCAAGAAUACUUUCUCUACGCCAGUGUUCUCCUUCAGGUACAAGCCCGCUUUAAAAAAUUUUCCGAUAUUUCACGUAGUGCUUGAGCCAAGAACCCUCGAAAAUAAUCAUGUUAGCCAGAAAUUUUCCCACGAUUCAUGAGAAUCCGUGUCUUGUGCGUUCACUCGAAGCCCCGACGAAAAAAGAUGAGGAAGAAGAGUGGGAGGGAGGAAAGCGGGAGAAUGUUUGGUUUCUGUCGCAACCAAUUCGCGGGUCGCCGCCAUCUCUAGGACAGUUGCGGCCAUGCGUGUCGUACUCAUCAUCCGUCUCUAUUUCGUUUCCGAUGUCGAUCUUCGGCGAAAACGAGCAAUGAGGAGAUAAUGUGUGCGGCAAGAUGGGCUUUCGCCAUUCCUUCAGUAGCCGCCAGUGAGAAGGGAAAAGAAAUUUGGCCAAUAUGUUGUCCCAUCUUGUCGUGCAAUAGUUUACAUGAGCCUAUCCGACCGAUCUCUAAGGUUCCUCAUCAUUUUCCGGUUUGACUGAGGGUGCAAAGUAAUUUUCACUUCCAAUUAUGGGUAGACAGGCACAAUGGAAAACUAAGGUCAAAAAUUCCAUAUGAAACACAAAAUCAGGACCUUGAAUUUUCAGAUGGCAAUUGGCGUGGAACGAUUCCUGGCAAUUUGCUCUCCGAUGAGAAUGCAAAGAUUCUCUACAAAGACUACGGUACAUCCGAACCCCGUGACUCUUCAAAGACGCCACGUUUCAGUUUCAGAUUUCGGUACUUGCCAGUGUUUGGUGUGUGGCCGCCUGUUUUGCCUCUCCCUACUUUUUAUACCAGGGCAUCGUGUUCCACAAGUUUUAUUUCUGCUUCUGGAAAGGGAUUUCUCAUAAGACUCGGUAAGCUGGAGUUUGAGCUGUGGCAAGAUUAGAAGAAGAAUGACGAAACAAAAAACAAAGCAUCCAAUCGCUCACGCACUUUUUUCGCUUUCAGGACCUACUUCAAGUACUGCGAACUGAUCGUCCUUUACGCCAUUCCGCUUGUUUUCCUCACCACUCUUUAUUCCGUCAUGUGUCACGUUCUCUGGGGAAAGGAAGGCGGUAAUCACAACAUCGCGAACCAUAGUCAGCAAGUAAGUCGGCGCCGUGAAACUAGGUACCUAACCUUCCUGCCGUUCAGGAAGCAAUCCUCAAAUUGCGCCGAUCGGUUGUCAAGAUGCUCAUUAUUUCCAUGCUCUUGUACUUUCUCUGUUACACCCCGAUUCAAGGUAUGUCAACUUUAGGGGACUUUCGAAAAACAAAAGUGAAAUUUUUCAGUUCUGUUCAUGCUGGAGAAACUGUUGGAUCAGAGUGUUCAGCUUCCCCAAUGGCUCCGUCUUCUUCUGAAUGUGUUGUCAGUCAUGAGGUUAGUCAUCAAAUUCCCACACCAUUUCCCUAUACCUGGAACCAAAUGUGCGUGACUGCCAUCCACAUUUUCUAAUUUCCCUCCAACUCUUGCCCUGCGGUCAAAAAGCAUGUGCCAAAAGUAGAUUGGCGAGGCGAAAAGUUUAGUUCCAACAAAAAAGGGCAAAGCAAACACAACUAGCCAUGACCACCAGUUAUUUGUUGCAGUUCGUCGACGAAUCCAAUCGUCUACAUCAUCUGCUGCCGUCACUUCCGCCUUCGCCUCCGAGAUGCCGCCGCCGCACUUUCUGCCUUUUGUUGCUGGCUGUUCCCGUCGUUCCACAAGUCAGAGUAUGAAUGCGUUGAUGAGACAAUGACCACGAAACUUUCCCGCUCGCCUUAUGUGUCCUUCCGCAGCUCCCGGCGGCAAAACUCACGCGCCAACCUUUCCACUCUCCUCUGA